UGGCCUGCACACACGUGACAUGUACAUAAACAAAGUGAGUCACGUGGUAGGGCUACAGGCGAGGCACAGUGGAGCAGCACCUCUUCAGUGAGAUGUUUUGUUGUGGUGUUGGGGCAGAUGUUAAUUUACAGAUUCAGCGUUUGUAGCUGAGAAUGUUGUCGGACGCGACGUAAAUUGUGCUGUCAUAUCGCGGGAGUACGGCAUUACAGCGGGAAAGCGCCGGCGCUAUGGAGUGUCCCCCGGAAAGCGAAGUACGGGUGGUGGGGCCCUGUGAGUCGGGCAAUGAGGGGGUGAGAGCACAGGCCCGAGCAACCAGCCGACAGUAUCAGCCUUGUCCAGGGGCCGUGACAGUGUCCCAGGCGGCUGUAAUGGUGGAGUCGGUGGACGACGCGGAGGGGCUGUAUGUGGCUGUGGAGAGAUGUCCCCUGUGUAACACGGCGAGGCGCAGGCUAACCUGUGCCCGGUGUAUCAGAGCUGGAGACUUUGUGUGCUUCGAUGGUAAAAGUCCCGAACGAUAUACAGAGAAGCUGGAAAGGCUUCAGCAAACGAAGAAGGAAAAGGAGAUUCUUCAGCAAGGGGUAAUCAAAACCAUGGACAAGAAGGUUCAGACAGACCAGCUUAAAUGGAAGAUUAUGUCAUGUAAGAUGAAGAUUGAGCAACUAAAAGAGGCAAUCUGCAGUGGGAAUGAAGAAGUGAAGAGUGGCAAAGAUCUUUUACUUCGCUCUCAGGAAGAAGGUCAGAGACUGCAGCGCCGGGCAGGUCGCCACCAAGAGAAGAGGGAUAAGAUAGAGCGUCAUAACCGUCGCCUGAGUGAGCUGUUGGAGAAGAGGAAUAAAGAGCUGCAGAGCAGACUGGAGGCUCUGGCCGAGGUGCGGCGUGGUCACAUCCUGGAACUUACCACCUACAUCUUCCCCACACAGGAGGAGAAGCAGGGCAGCAGAGACCCUGCUGAAACUGCUGUAGCAGAGUAUGACUUUGCCCUCACAUCCAGCACUGUGAGUGAGUUAGCUGAGGCCCGACGAACAACAUACAUGUCUGGACGUUGGAUCUGGGACGAUCAGAAUGGAGAGACAAGCAUCAGCAUCACUGGGCCCCAUGUUACGCUACCCAGUAAUGGAGACUGCUCAGCAUACUAUAACUGGGUUGAGGAGAAAAGCACUAAUCCUGGCCCAGAGCUGGAUCACAUCACUCCAGCGCACACCAUUAGUGCCGCCCUCUGCUAUGCUACUCAACUUGUUAACAUUCUUUCUCAUAUUUUGGAUGUCAAUCUUCCCAAAAAGCUAUGUAACAGUGAGUUCUGUGGUGAUAAUUUGAGUCGCUACAGAUUUACUCGUGCUGUUAACAAACUCAACACCAACAUCCUACAUCUCUGCUUCUCCCAGCAUGUAGACAGUGAGCUACUCCAUCCUCACCACACACUGAGAAAUAUCAUGUUUCUGGUCUCCCCUGAGAACAAGAACCUUGGCAGGACUGGACCAUUUGAAGUAAGUGCAGAUUUGGAGGACUCUAUGGAAUUUUUGGAGCCUGAGGCAUCAGGUGCUGCAGAGGAGAGUGGAGAUGAUGCUGUAACAGAUGAAGAGACAGACUUGGGCACAGACUGGGAAACUGUCCCUAGUCCCCGAUUCUGUGACAUCCCCUCUCAGCCCAUGGAUCUGUCUCAGAGCACAGCCAUGCAGGUCUCACAACCAGCAGGAAAUGCAGGAGGCAUGAUCUCCUCUGCUGCUGCCUCGGUCACCUCCUGGUUCCGUGCCUACACUGGCCAGCGCUGAGGCUAAGCUGGGAUGUUAAGACUGCUGUAGCUAUGCAAACAAACUAUUUGUCUCUCCCUCUAUUGUCAUAUCUUAUUAGAAAAAGUGAUUGGGACUUUGUCACUUGAUCGCAUGUCAAGAACAAAUGUGUGUGAUUUAAAAGAGAGGGAGGGAAAGAAUGCUAUUUCUAACCUUUUAAAAGUAGGAAUGAGAUCUGGUGAACUGUUUUGUUUAAAAGAAAAUGCCUGAACUUUUGAAUUUCAUGCACAUUGUAGGAUCCCCACUAUUAUCCAGUCAGUAAUGUUUCCUUUUUCCUUCCUUUAAAAUUUGGUAUAUAGAGGAAGAAUACCAAAAUAAUCCUUUAUGCAGAAUGUCAUUUUUGAAUUCAGAGCAUGAUGCACUAUGUUUCACUUUAUGAUAGAAACAUUUUGUUUACUGAAUAGGAGCAUAAACAUGCUGGAUAAGCUGACAAUUACACCCAUCUCUAAUAUUUUAUUAAUAAUGAAUUAUUUCUGCUUUAUUGUUUGAUGUGGAAUGCUCUUAGAACUGGUAUAGUUGGGGUAACUAUUUAACAGUACAAAACAGUGUACGGUGUAAUGUCACUCACCACUGGCAUCCUAGAUAGUGAGUUCAGGCUUUGGUUUGCUUAAAAACGAAAGUGUAUCUUUUCACCAGUUAUUUAAAAUCGCUGUUUGUAUCUUGCAACUGCGUAAGGUGUUUCAGUUUAUGAUUAAACAAGUGGAGAUUUUUAAUUA